AUGCCUACAAAACCACAAGAUUGCACUAUCUGCGCUGAUAUGAAGCUUGUUCUGCUGCAGACGCAGGAAGAGUUGACUGAGCGAUUACAAGAAAUCAAAACCUUGCACGAAGAGAUCGAAAAACUGAAGGACACCGUUCCUUGGCGUAGGAUACGUGCGCUUCAUACUCAAGCUCGAGCGGACCGCCAGCAUUUUAAAGAAGCCACUUUGACGGUCAUUUCCACAAUCUCUGAGGUCCUGGCCGACUACAAUUUCUAUCAAGAAGCGGAAGUUGUCUCUUUGCAGAGGGUUUUUGCGGUUGCUAUCGGCGACAGCGCGUAA